AUGGAGAGCACCAUCGACGAAAUGAGCAACGCGUACGAGGACUUCGUGGCCGCCGCGGCGGACGUGGCGCGGGAGAGAGAAGCAUCAGGCGGACGGCGGACGGCGGCGAUUGACGUGGCGCUGGAGAACUUCAGGCAUCGGUGGGAGCUCUUCAGGGCGUCGUGCGAUCAGGCAGAGGAGGUGAUAGACAUGGCGAGAAGGAGGAUCACGACGGAGUACGUGGCGGACGCGGCCUCCGCGGCGGCACGGCCGGCGGAGGCGGGGCUGCCGCCGGUCAGCGUGCUCCGAUUGGAGCAGGCGCUGCACGCCGUCAACUCCCUCGCCGCGGACCUACGACGUGGAUCUGGUGGCGGCGCCGUCUCCUCCCCGCCCACCAGUCCCUCUGGUGUGACACCUCAAGGAGACGAAGCAGACUGA